AUGGACAAGCCUCCUACUGGCGACGAUAUUUCAAAUAAAAUUGAUUCCGUCAUAAAACAUUUGAAAGCGAAUAGUAUAUCUUUGACUGAGGUUGAGAAGCUCAAAUCCUAUAAGAAACUUCGUGCGAUUAUUUUUACAAAAUCAAAAUCAAUCAAUCAUUUAUCUUUGUUCAGAAAGAUCACGUUUAAAAUUGAUAUUUACAUAAUUCUUUCCGUUUUAUUUGGUCUGCUUGGUUUAAUUACAACAUUUCUCUCUUAUUACGGUCUUGAAUUGUUCAUUAAUGAAACAUAUAAACAUCUAUUUGAAAUCGAUCUACGACAUGAACAAUGUUUGGUACCUAAAUUAGAAUUUUUACUUGAUAUUGUUCGGCCAGCAUCGAACUGUGAUCUAUGCCGGAAUAUUCAGAAUGUUGAUCGUAUCAAUAAUGUUACACGUGAAGAAUUUGAAGAAAAGUAUGCUUAUACUAGACAUCCUGUGAUAAUAACGGACGCUAUGAAAAAUUGGCUAGCAGUGAAAAAGUUUAAUUAUAAUUUCUUUAAACGUUUAUAUCGUCCAGAUUCAACCGCAUUACGUUCAGUUGAAGAAGUCUGUCAGUUUUUUCCCUAUAAAAACAAAGCAGAAUUUGAUACACUGGCUGAUGUUUUUAUGAUGGAUACUGUACGUGCUUAUAUGUUAGAAACAAAUUAUAAACCAUGGUAUGUUGGAUGGAGUAAUUGUGAUUAUUCAACUGCUUAUUUAUUAAGACAAUAUUAUUCAAGACCAUAUUUCUUACCAGAGCAGAGUGAAUCAUCCAAAGGAACACCAGGUCUUGGAGCGCAUAUGCACAUUGAUAAUGUUGAUUUGCCAUCAUGGCAGGCACAAGUCAAAGGUCGAAAAAAAUGGACAUUACGUCCUGCGCCAGAAUGUAUGCUUGCCUGUAAAGAAUUAAAUAUAAUAAUGCAACCAGGUGAAAUUAUUGUACUAGACACAAACUGGUGGUAUCACAAGACAUAUGUGAUAAGUGAAGACGAAAUAAGUAUCACGAUUGGAUCAGAAUUUGAUUAA